AUGAAUAAAGAUAUUCAAAGCCAUUGUUUAAAUUGUCACAUUUCUACAUCUCAUGCAAAAAAACGAAAGCAUCAAGAAGUUGAUUGUUCUUCAAUUGAAAAGAAUAAUAUUAUCAAUCUUGCAGAUGUCAUGGAUUACAUUUAUAAUAAUCUUAUAGAAUAUGAAAACUUGAAUGAAGAUUUUGAAGGACAUACACAUUUUUACUUUCAAUUUUUUAUUGAUUCAGAUUCAAUUUAUGAAGAAAUUUUAGUUGAUAUCAAUAUUACUGAAAAAGACAAAGAUUUAUAUAUUGCUAAUUUAAUUGUAAAUAUGAUUAGUAGUAGGGAUGAAUACGUAUAUGUUUUUCAUUCAACGUAUAAUAGCAAAUCAUCUAAAUUUUCAACAUUUACUUAUUGGUGCAAUUCAAGAAAUGAAUUAUAUAAGCAUUGCAAAAAGGUUGAUGAUAUUGCAAAACAAUGUAACACUGAAGCACGUAUUGAUCAUUAUAAUUGCAAAGGUCUGGUUACAAUAAAGAUUUAUCCUGAUGAUUAUCUUGUAUCUGUUGAUAUUUCGUAUGAAGUUUUACAUCCGCAACCAGAAAAAUUAAAUGUAAUAGAAGAAAUCAAAACCUAUAUAAAUACCUGUAUUAAUCAAAGUGUUUCAGAUAUUUAUCAGUCAAUUAAAGAUCAGUGA